GAGCCGCGGAGCUCGAACCGUCUUGUCCCGUCCUUUGUCUUCAGUCGAGUUGAAUACAUCCUUCAAUUGAGUUAAUUCCAGUGAAUCGGUUCACAAUAGAUAUAUUCAACUAAACAUUACACUUUUUAAAGGGAAGUCUCAUCUUCAAAACUGUUUUCAAACAACAAACACAAACUUUUGCAGAACAUAUUUCCGAUAUCGGAUUGAGAUUUCCGAACCUUGCUCCGGGUGUUGCUGAUCGUACCAGUGAUAUUAAAGCGUGUAUCCUAGUACUUUAGUAUGGCUGAGGGCGGGAGCUAAGUCUGCUCCAGGUUGGUGUUCAACCACGGUAUCCUGUUCACCAUUGAGUUCAACAGUUCCAAGAUUCCCGUGUGUGGUGUUCAGGAGGGGGGCCCCGGCCCAGACCUCCAGUAUUAUUCUCAUCCGGCAGAACGAGAUGAUUCUAGAAAACUUGCCAGUAUCCGGGAUCAGUAUGAUUACCCGGAUUACUCAGGGUAUGGACACCCUAUGCUCUCUAUGGAGCCGGAUAUUAAGAGCAAGGAUCCGUAUGAUAGGUACACAAUGCCCCACUCCAUGGGUGGAGCACUUUCUUCCCUUGGUUCUCUAGCAGGACAUACUCCUUCAUCCCUCUACUCUUCUCCUUAUAGUCCUUACUCUCAUCAUCCUUCACAUUCUCCACCAGAUCCUUAUAAAUCCCACACACAACUCCCUAAAUCUUCUCCAACCCUAUCCAAUGACUCCGAUGAUGGCGAGUGUCCCACCCCUCCUCAUAAUAAUAAUAUCAAGGGUAUGGGAUCCAAAGGUAUGGAUGAUAGCAAGGACCCUAACCGCGUAAAACGACCCAUGAACGCUUUUAUGGUUUGGUCGAGGGGCCAGCGGAGAAAAAUGGCACAAGAGAACCCAAAAAUGCACAAUUCUGAGAUUUCCAAGAGAUUAGGAGCGGAGUGGAAGCUGCUGACGGAGACGGAGAAGAGACCCUUCAUUGACGAGGCCAAGAGAUUGCGCGCCCUGCACAUGAAGGAGCAUCCUGACUACAAGUACCGUUCCAGACCCCGGCGGAAGACGAAGACUUUGAUGAAGAAGGAUAAAUAUCCUCUCGGCGGAGGUUUGAUGCCCUCCGAUCCUACCCGCCCCGGCUCCGCCUCCCUAGGAAGAGAUAUGUACGGAUCAAUGAACGGGUACAUGCCCAACGGGUACCACGGAUACGACAGCAGUAUGUACAGCCAGUCCCCGUACACUGGAUCCCAUAUGUCGUCGUCACCUAGUUCUAUCUAUUCAAGAUACGAUAUGAGCGGUAUGUACAGUCCUUCCUCCACAACAGCCUCAGCUAUGUCCUCGUACAUGAAUGGAUCGUACAUGUCUAUGUACGGGGCUGGAGGGUCCCCCUAUGGUAUGCAAGGGGGUCCUAUGUCCCCCGGCGGAAGCCAGGGUGGAGAUGGAGGUGUGGCUCAUCCUUCACACUCCCCAGGGAGUGUUAAAUCCGAGACAGGAGGCAGUGCUCCGCCCACUUCUAUAUCAAUGGGCUCCGGGUCCCCAGGCAGUAUAUCCCAUGUUGUCCCGCCUCCGGCAGGUUCAGGAGGUCCGCCUCUAUCAGUAAAGAGAGAACCUAGCCUACCAUCACCUCUGGGCGGAGCCGGAGGAGGACCUCAACAGCCGAAUUUGAACCAGAUGAUCUCUAUGUAUCUGCCGGGAGACGCCGCGGCAGCCGCCGCUGGUGACCCCAACGCCCAGUCUAGGAUUAAUUCUUUGUCUCAGCAAAUGUAUGCUAGUGGGCACUACGGGGCUCUAAUGUCUCAUGGUGCAGAUAUGGGGCUAUCUUCUUCUGCAUACCCUACAGGUUAAACUUGGUCCCUUGGCCCAUCCUUCCCUUGGUCCAGCUCAGGGUUCACGGUAAACCCCUGUCCCAUGGUCCCUGGAAAUCUGGUGGAGUAUACGGGGGGACGAGGCCGCAGAAUUGCCUGAGUUGCCGCCAGCAUUGCUGCUUGGCGGCAGGUUGGCGCUGUGGCGGUCUGUCUACUUGCUUUGCUCUACCUAGUAUGAAGAAGGGAGGAGAAGGGGGGGAGGUUCUGCUCUAUGGGAUACCUACAAAUAUCCUGCUCCUGAAUUCUAAUGAGGCAGUACCGUGGCAGGAGGUUGGAUACAGGGGGUCCUACUGGGGGGUUCAGGGGGUACAGGGGUUCUGGAGGUAGCUACAGUACAGUACAUGAUACUUCUCUGAGAGUUCCAAACCUUCUCAAAAGAACCCCUAAUCAUCCUAAAUCCAAACCUGAAACAACCCCCUCCUCUGUACACCCUUGAAGAUUCCAAAGAUGAGUCCCUACCCCUGGGACAAAUAUAAAAACCGAGAAAAAAGGGCUAAAAACUGUCGCAGAAAAUUCAUCCAGAAAAAUUUAGAAAAAUAGUGAAUUCCCUACCCCAGCCUGCACCAGUGAGGAAUCUGAGAAUAAAGACAAAAAACAUAAAUUUGAAAUAGUUUGAAUUUUUACCGCUUAUCAUUGUUUUCCCAACACUGUUUCUCGGAGAUUUCAUCGUGAUUCAAGAUUUGUCAAAAAACCGCGGGAAUCUUAGUGUUGGACGUAUACACUGCAGCAGACAGCUGAGACAGCUGCCAACUGCAAACUGUUCCUGUGCAUACAUCUGUGAUUGUUAAACCUUUAGACAGCAGCAGUAACAGCCGUAUGUGCUCCAUCUAUUAAAUGUAUUAUAUAAAAACCAUUUUAUAAACUAUCCAGUUAAACUAACCCCCCCCCUUUCACACUUAACGCCUCACAUUCCAAAUUAUUUAAGAAUUUAUUUAAAUUUGUUGAAUUCGUAUUUUAUGUAUAAGAAUCCAAGGUUAUGUAAUCCUAGAAUCAAAAAAGAUGUUGUGUUAUAAAA